UUAUAUUCCCUAUUUUCUAGUGACCAUGAUGGAGAAAACACAAAGAAUUUAUCUUCUCUUUCUGUCUCUUUUAUCCAUAGCUACAAUGUCACAUUGUCGUGUGCUACUUCAUGUUGACCCACGAUCUGACGUCGGUGGCCCUCAAAUGGUUAUUUCACCUCCUCCUCCUCACAAACAUCCACAAUUGGAUAUUGGCGGACUUGAAAUAGCCAUUCGACACCCACCUCAUCAUCUUGAUUCAGACAUUGGUGGCCCACAAAUGGUCAUUCCACCACCUCCACCUCACAAAUUUCCACAAUCCGACGUCGGCGGGUCUCAAAUGGUCAUUCCACCGCCCCCACCACACCAUCAUCUUGAUUCGGACAUUGGUGGCCCUCAAAUGGUCAUCCCACCACCUCCACCGCACAAACAUCCACAAUCUGAUGUCGGUGGCCCUCAAAUGGUUAUCCCACCUCCUCCACCGCACAAACUUCCACAAUCCGAUGUUGGCGAGCCUCAAAUGGUCAUACCACCACCUCCACCACAUCAUCAUCUUGAUUCUGAUGUUGGUGGCCCUCAAAUGGUUAUCCCACAACCUCCACCACAUAAAUUUCCCCAAUCCGAUGUUGGCGGGCCUCAAAUGGUCAUACCACCACCUCCACCACAUCAUCAUCUUGAUUUUGAUGUUGAUGGCCCUCAAAUGGUUAUCGCACCACCUCCACCACAUAAAUUUCCUCAAUCUGAUGUUGGCGGGCCUCAAAUGGUCAUUCCACCCCCUCCACCACACCAUCAUCUUGAUUCCGAUGUUGGCGGCCCUCAAAUGGUUAUUCCCCCUCCUCCACCACAUCACAUUCGCCUUUAGUCGAACAUCGUCGACGAC